ACGUCACUGAAUGGAAACCCUACCCUGGGCGAUCAUCUUUCUCACGCAGUACCAGGCUGCACCAGGAAACGGGAGCAGACACAAACAUUGUCCACUUUCUAGUUGUCUGCAAACAUUUCCGCACAUUUUCCAUGUUCAAGUAAGACAAGGAAGACCCAAGACAUACUAGAACCAUGAGGUGGAAGGAGUCCCUAUGCAUUGCAACAUUGCUGCUGGUUGCCAUGGUUACUGUGACGGAGGCUAGAGUGCCUGGGAAGUUAAUGGUAGUCAACAGGGUGAGGAGGGAUGUGAACACUACCAUGGCGACGACCCCUGCGCCUGAUGGGUCACUCCUGGACCCGAACGGACCCCAUGUUUGCACCAGAAGGAUCACUGAAUCAAGGACUGUGAGGGAAACGUACCGACAGCCAUACACCACUUUAACCACCAGAUGCAUCUAUUUCCUUUGCUUUCAACAGCCGAAAACGGCAUAUAGACAGGCUUACAGAAGCGUGGUCAAGAGUACGAUCGUAACAAAACGUGCCUGCUGCCCCGGAUACUACCAAGAGGGCGACAGUUGCGAACCAUCCUGUUACAUGUGCGUCCAUGGCACCUGUACUGCACCUGAUGUCUGCACCUGCGAGGAAGGAUACGUGGGACAACAAUGCCGAUGCGAUGGCCAGCACUAUGGGUCUAACUGUGAGCUGAGCUGUGACUGUGAGAACGGCGGGACGUGUGGGGGAGACGAUAGUCAGUGUUUCUGUCCACCCGGCUACUCUGGGGAUCGCUGUGAGAACCAGUGUCCUGAGGGUACCUAUGGUGCAUCGUGUGAUAACAGGUGUACGUGUGAGAACGGUGUGUGUGAUCAUGUCACUGGAGAGUGUCAGUGUAAUGAUGGGUACACAGGGCCCAGGUGUAAUGAGGCUUGUGAGGACCCCAAUGGCUGUCUGCAGUGUCCGUGCCUGAAUGGAGGGACCUGUGACGGUAACGGAGCAUGUGUCUGUGCUGCGGGCUUCAAGGUAUGCCUAUAA